GACUGCUCAAGUUCUACUUCAGGAUCCUUGCUACCUCCUGAGGACCACCAGGUGACUGCCCAAUUAUAGAAAAGAUGGAGAAAAAGACAUGUGCCCUCUGCCCUGAAGGCCAUGAGUGGAGUCAGAUAUACUUUGCACCAUCACUGAAUAUAGCUGCUCAUGAAAACUGUCUGCUGUAUUCAUCAGGACUGGUGGAGUGUGAGGCCCCUGANCUACCUAAUACAGUUAGAAACUUUGAUCUCAAAUCAGUAAAGAAAGAGAUCUGGAGAGGAAGAAGAUUGAAAUGCUCAUUUUGUCAUAACAAAGGAGCCACCGUGGGAUGUGAUUUACAGUCCUGUGCCAAGAAUUACCAUUUAUCCUGUGCCAAGGAAGACCACGCAAUUCUACAAGUUGAUGAAGAUCAUGGAACUUAUAAAUUAUUUUGCCGAAAACAUGCUCCAGAGGAUCAACAACCCACACAACGUCAUGCAGCUGUCAAAGCUCCUUUCCUUAAGAAAUGCCAGGAAGCAGGACUUCUUAAUGAAUUAUUUGAACACAUCCUAGAAAAAAUGGAUUCAAUUCAUGGACGACUCAUGGAUGAGACUGCCUCAGAGUCAGACUAUGAAGGGAUCGAGAACUUACUGUUUGAGAGUGGGCUGUUUGAAGAUACAUUAAUACAAUUCCAAGAAGUAAUCAAGAGGAAAGCUUGUGAAUGGGAAGAAAGGCAAAGGGAGAUGAAGCAGCAGCUUGAGGCACUUGCAGACUUACAACAAAACUUGUGCUCAUUUCAAGAAAAUGGGGACCUGGACUGCUCAAGCUCUACUUCAGGAUCCUUGCUACCUCCUGAGGACCACCAGUNAAAGCUGUUCCUCAGGAAAACUGGAUCGGGCCUCCAUGUUCUCCAAGGAGCGAGGAAGUCUUCCUGCCUACCUUGCCCACCCCAGUCAAGGGCAGCACCACCAGAGCCUUUGCUCAGCCUUAAGUGGAAUCUUAGACCUUUCUCUUGCUUCUGCUGCUCCUGCAGGCGGUCUCAUCAUGGUCUCCUCUCAGUAUUAAUAACUCCAUCAGAAUAGAGCAGACUCUGUCCUGUGCAUGGCUUGCUUUUAUCCUGGAUUUCUGUUCACUACAUUACCAAUAUUUAGCACACUUAAUAAAUGCUUGUCAAAA